UCAAGCUCAAUAUUCAAGCUCAAGAGGAAACUACUUCGGGAAAAAUCAAUGGAUUCGACACCUAACGUUGUGGUCGCUAAGGAUGGUAGUGGGAAAUAUGAUUGCAUCACAGAGGCCUUAACUGAAGUCCCGUUGAAUAGUUGCGAUCGAUUUGUUAUUCACAUUAAGGCUGGUACUUAUAAGGAAAAAAUCCUCGUGACCAAGGAGAUGACUAAUGUUAUGUUCCUUGGUGAUGGCCCAACUGAGACCAUCAUCACCAACUGCGUUAACUGCUGUAAGGAUAAUGUUAAAACAUUCAACACUGCAACUGUUGGUGUGGAUGGGGCUGGUUUCAUGGCCAAGGGCGUUGGGUUCGAUAACUCAGCAGGACCCGAAGGUCAUCAAGCAGUGGCUUUUAGGGCAUCCUGUGAUAAGGUCGUCAUGUUUAAUUGUCAUUUCACUGGGUACCAAGACACCCUUUACGCUCACAAAGAAAAACAAUUUUAUAGGGACUGUCUCAUCAGCGGGACAGUGGACUUCAUCUUCGGGAAUGCGGCGAGUGUGUUCCAAAACUGUCAGAUCGUCGUGAGGAAGCCAGGUGAGAACCAACACAACAUGGUUACAGCACACGGGAAGAAAGAACAAGAAACUAACACAGCCAUUGUGCUUCAAAAUUGUACCAUCUCGGGCGCCCCUGACUACCUCCCGGUGAAGGACAAGAACAAGACGUACCUUGGUCGUCCCUGGAAACAGUUUGCUACAACUGUCAUAAUGCAAUGUCAAAUUGAUGACAUCAUUACACCAGAGGGUUACUCCCCCAUGGAAGGCACCGUAGGAUUGGACACUGGUUAUUUUGCCGAGUUCCAAAAUAGGGGACCAGGUGCCAACACCGAGGGCAGGGUCACAUGGAAAGCUAUCAAGAAAAUCGAUAUGGAUGAAGCCAUGAAAUGGACUCCUCGUGUCUUUUUGAAAUCUGACGAAUGGCUGGCACAAACUGGCGUUCCCUUUGAUCCUGAUAUGACCCCUGGAGUUUAAACCUCCAAAACCAUCGCCAUUAAUCUUCUUUUAUUAUCAUUAUUAUUUGAAAUAAUGUUGUCGAUUAUUAAUUAAUCCGAACAACCUUUUCCUAUUUUUGUAAUAAUAAUAAUAAUAUAUUCAACUCUUAUU